AUGUUUACCCAGUUCCUAGGAGGCCUGCUGAGUGACAUGUUUGGCGGUCAAUUCGUCAUCGUCUCCUCUACCCUCGUCUGGGGUGUUGUGACACUCAGUUUCACCAUGCUGCCGCUGGCGUCUACUGAAUAUGACGCUGUCUUCCACUUCUUUAUCGUCCCACGCUUCUUUUUGGGUUUCUUUCAGGGUGAGUCACUCGGUCUUUUCUUAUUUUUUUCUCUGCUGACCUGUGGUAUAGACUAG